GUUGAACCAUCAGGAAUGCGAACAGAGACAUAGUUAGGUUAGAGCGGUGAAUAGGUGCGGUUAGUUUGGGUGUAGAAAAGCGAGUGAAUACAUACAAUACAUCGGCGCAGUGAGAUGGAAGAAGAAGGUGUUCCGGUGGAAGGUUCUUCAGGUACGGUGAGUCGGGCACGGAAGCUUCUGUUUCGGCGAAUGCUGGUGGGGAUCAAAGACGGAAGGUUCUUCUUGGGCUCCUUCUACUGCAUCGACAAGCAAGGCAACAUCAUUCUCCAGGACGCCGUCGAAUAUCGCAGCACGCGCCAAUCUUCGCCUUCUCCCAUGGAACAGAGGUGCCUCGGCCUUAUUCUCAUUCCUUCCUCUUGCCGCACCUCUUGUCACGUCGAUUGCGCUAUCCACGAACAGUUAUCUCUCCUUUCGCUGAAUCAAACACCACCGCACUAGCCAGGGUUUUACUGUGCCCCUUCAAUUGCUUAUAUAUGUUACUGAAAAUUACGUACGCUGGUUGGUUCUAUAUGUUUUUCUUUCUUGCUUUGUUCCUCCUUCUAAUUGAUGUGUAAUUGAGAUGCUGAAAUGAAUUGGAUUUAUCAGUUCCAUGUGAGUAGGAACUGGUGAAUUUGAAUUUCCUUGUGUGUGCUCUAUCUUCUUCGCUAAA